GGGAGAUGUCUGAAAUAAACCAGAAAAAAAGCAAAAAAAAAAAAAAAAAACUUAAAAAAGGACCAACGUAGAAGCGAAAACGGGAAGUCAAGUAACAGCGCGAUCCAACUCGGAGUCUCCUUUGGCCUUCUUAUACGUUAACAUAUGCUUCUUGAGUUUCUUUUUCUUUGCGCAUAUCUUUCUCCGCCUGUUACUAUAUAUCGAAAGCCCUAGCCUCAGGUUGAAUUUGGGCAUGCUUUGCGGCUAUUGACUUUGAUUGCAAAGUGAGUGGUAUGGAUCAUCCAAGAUCAGGCUCGGGGAAUGGUGAGGAUAAUGUUGGGAUUCCAGAUGAUUUGCGUUGCAAAAGGUCGGACGGGAAGCAGUGGAGGUGUACUGCCAUGUCUAUGCCAGACAAAACAGUUUGCGAAAAACAUUAUAUCCAGGCGAAAAGGAGGGCUGCCAAUUCUGCAUUGAGAGCUAGCCUUAAGAAAAAGAGGAAGUUGGGUGGUGAAACUGAGGUGUAUGCAGACAAGAGUGAUGACUUUGAUGUGCCACUUAUAAGUAGGAAAGUCGAAGACUAUCCUCCUCCGGUUUCUGGGAAGAAAUAUAAGGAGAAGGUUUCAAAGAAUCAAAUUCAGUAUUCGCCCGAGACACCUCCUAUGAGGAAUUUUCCAGCACGUAAUUCUGUAAAGAUGGAAGAUGAUUAUCAAAGAGAUGGCUCACCUUUUGAAGAGAAUUGGAGGUCAUACAAGAUAAAAUCUUUUUCUGCUGCGGAUUCAUCCAGGAACAGAUCACAGAGAAGCUAUGAUGAUGUUGCUAUGCCAGUGGGUGACUCUGAAGAGUCCUCUGAGGAAGUGUUUGUGGGGAAAACUUGCCAUCAAUGCCGGCAGAAUGAUAGAGAGAGAGUUUCUUGGUGCCUUAAAUGCGAUAAGAGAGGAUAUUGUGAUAGCUGUAUCUCUACAUGGUACUCAAACAUCCCUUUGGACGAAAUUGAGAAGGCUUGUCCUGCAUGUCGUGGUUCCUGUAAUUGUAAGGCAUGCUUACGAGGUGAUAACAUGAUAAAGGUAAGGAUACGGGAAAUACCUGUCCUGGACAAGUUACAGUAUCACUACAGUCUUUUGUCUUCGGUGCUUCCUGUUGUUAAGAAGAUCCACCAGGAACAGUGUUCUGAAGUGGAAUUGGAAAAAAAACUUCAUGGAACUGCAAUAGAUCUUGUUAGGGCAAAGGUGAAUGCAGACGAGCAGAUGUGCUGCAAUUUCUGUAGGAUACCUAUUAUUGAUUAUCAUCGGCAUUGUCCAAAUUGCUCGUAUGAUCUGUGCCUCUGUUGCUGUCAAGAUCUUCGGAGAGCAUCUUCAGGUGGUGUUGAAGAUGUAGGAAAUGAGACUGGUGAGAGAACUCUAGACAAAGAAACUGCUAUGGGACAAGUAUCUGAAUUGAAACUGAAUUUCUUGGAUAAGUUCUCUGGCUGGAAAGCCAACAGUGAUGGCAGUAUUCCAUGUCCUCCAAUGGAGUAUGGUGGCUGUGGUCAUCACUCAUUGAACUUAAACCGUAUUUUUAAGAUGAAUUGGGUUGCAAAACUGGUAAAGAACGUUGAGGAAAUGGUUAGUGGCUGUAAGGUUUAUGAUGUUGAAAGUUCAGAAAAGACUGAAUCAAAUGAUCCCAGACUCUGUCAAUUCUCUGACAGAGAGGGUAGUGAUGAUAAUCUUUUAUACUUUCCAUCGUCUCAAGAUCUUAAAGCAGAAGGGAUUGCAGAUUUUAGAAAGCGUUGGGGCAAUGGUGAACCUGUGAUUGUCAAGGAGGUAUGUGAUGUCUCAUCCAUGUCAAGUUGGGAUCCAGUGUCUAUAUGGAGAGGAAUUCAGGAGAAUGUGGAUGAGAAAAUAAAAGAUGAAAACAGAAUGGUCAAGGCCAUAGAUUGCUUAGACUGGUCUGAGGUUGAUAUUGAACUCGGUCAAUUUAUCAAAGGAUACAUGGAGGGAAGAUAUCACGAAAAUGGUUGGCUGGAAAUGUUGAAGUUGAAAGAUUGGCCUUCUCCCGGUGCUUCUGAAGAGUUUUUAAUGUACCAGAGACCUGAGUUUAUCAGUAAACUUCCUUUACUUGAGUACAUUCAUUCCAGGUUGGGUCUUCUAAAUGUUGCUGCAAAAUUGCCCCAUUAUUCCUUGCAAAAUGAUGUAGGACCUAAGAUUUAUAUAUCGUAUGGGACCUAUGAAGAACUUGGUAGAGGGGAUUCAGUAACCAAUCUCCAUUUCAAAAUGCGUGACAUGGUUUACUUGUUGGUACAUACAUGUGAUGUGAAUGCUAAGGGUCAGAAGACAAAAAUGGAGGACAUGCAAAAUUCCAAUGGGGAAUCUGAGGUAAAUGAGUCUUUGGGUGAUCCUGAAACAAGGUCAGAUGAGAAAGGGUUACCUGAUUUAUCACUUGAUGGAACUGAUAUGAAUGAUGAAUACGAGAGCACAUCUGCUGUACAUGAGGAUGAGAAAAUGGAUGAUCAAGGAGCUGAAACUACUAUGGUUGGGGAGAAAUCUGUGGAUUUUGAACAGUUAAAUGGCAAUAGAAGGGAUGUUCUGGGAAAGACUCAUGCAGGAGCUUGUUGGGAUGUCUUCCACCGACAGGAUGUUCCAAAGUUAAUUGAGUAUUUGCGUAUGCACUGGAUGGAUUCUGGGAAGCCUGAAAGUGCAAUAAGUGAUACUGUGAUAUGUCCUCUGUAUGAUGAAGUGGUUUACCUGAAUGAGCAUCAUAAGAGAAAGUUGAGGGAAGAAUUUGGAGUGGUGCCAUGGUCGUUUGAACAGCAUUUGGGGCAAGCUGUCUUUGUCCCUGCUGGGUGCCCUUUCCAAGUGAGGAAUCUCCAGUCCACUGUUCAGUUAGGACUUGACUUCUUAUUUCCCGAAAGUGUGGGGGAGGCUGUGAGAUUGGCCGAAGAAAUCCGCUGUCUUCCAAAUGACCAUGACGGAAAACUUCAAAUUUUGGAGGUGGGAAAGAUCUCAUUAUAUGCAGCUAGUUCGGCUAUUAAAGAGGUCCAAAAAUUGGUGCUCGAUCCAAAACUGGGCACUGAGCUUGGAUUCGAGGAUCCUAAUUUAACUGCAGCGGUGUCUGAGAAUCUGGAGAAGGUUGCCAAGCGAAGACAGAUAACUUGUGCCUGAAUUCUCUGUAUAGUGAUUAUAAUUUUAGAUAUAGAAAGUAUAGUUUCUCCAGUGGCCCAUUGUGGGUGCCUGAUGGAAUUUCGAUGUACAAAUGUAUUUAUAUGUAAACCUAUAAUUCUGACAGUACUUGAAGGAUUUAAGACAUCUGAUUCUUGACAAUGUAUGAUUUUAUAUUUAUGCAA